AUGGACGAUAACAGAUAUACAAAAAUCAACGAAUUUCCUCAGAUCAUUCAACAAUUGCGUACAUCAUUCUCGGAACAACUAACGAAACCAAUUGAAUAUCGUAAAAGUCAAAUACAUCAACUCUAUAAGCUGGUCCAUGAAAACGAAGAACCAAUUAUUCAGGCGCUCGUAAAAGAUCUUUCGAAACCUAAAUCCGAAAUUUUGACUGGAGAAUUGUUUGUUAUAAAGCAAGAGAUUACCGAAAUUGUUAACAAUCUAGAUGAAUGGGUCAAGCCGGAGAAAGUUACAUUGCCAUUAUCACUUAGAAUGGGUACAUCCUAUAUAAGAAAAGAACCCAAGGGAACAGUUUUAAUUAUUGCCCCAUGGAAUUAUCCGAUUCUUUUGGCUCUCUCACCUCUUAUAGGUGCUAUAGCCGCUGGAUGCACCGUAGUUUGCAAACCAUCCGAAGCUGUACCUCACUGUGCCAAUUUAUUAGGCGAGCUCUUCCCGAAAUACCUCGAUCAAAAUGCCUAUCGACUCGUACAAGGUGGACCUGCGGAAAUGACUAAAUUAUUAGAACAUCGAUUCGAUCACAUUUUCUAUACUGGUUCAUCAACCAUCGGAAAAGUUAUCAUGACUGCCGCAGCUAAACAUUUAACAUCUGUGACAUUAGAACUCGGCGGCAAGUCUCCAGCUAUCGUGUUAAAAGAUACAGAUAUAUCGAUUACCGCUAAGCGUAUUAUCUGGGCUAAAAUUUACAAUUGUGGACAGACAUGUAUAGCUCCCGAUUAUAUAAUUUGUGAACGUUCAGUCCAAUCAGCAUUGAUAGAAGCUUUAACAAAAGCUUUGUCCGAGAUGCUAGGCACAGAAAUCCAAACUAAUACCUCGUAUGCACGAAUCAUCAAUCAACGACACUUUGAUCGCAUUCAAGCUCUUGUCAAAGGAACAAAAGGACGAAUAGUGGUUGGUGGUGAUACAGACCGAAGUGAUUUAUACAUUGCACCAACUGUUGUCGCUGACGUACCAAAAGGUGACACGUUGAUGGAAAGUGAAAUAUUUGGCCCUAUUCUGCCGAUCUUGGUUGUCGAUAAUAUCGAUGAAGCUAUUGAAUUUGUGAAUAGUGGGGAAGUGCCGUUGGCUUUUUAUCCAUUCAGCAGUAAUAACAAUACUAUUGAAUAUAUACUUGACAGAGUUCAAUCUGGCGGUGUAUGUAUAAAUGAUUGUCUGAUGCAUGGUGCAGUUCCGACUAUUCCAUUCGGCGGCAAAGGAAAUUCCGGAAUGGGAAGUUAUCACGGCAAGAAAUCUUUUGACACGUUUUCACACGAACGCAGCGUACUGAAAACUCCUUUCUAUAUAGAGAAGGCGUUAAGUGUUCGAUAUCCGCCGUACACUGAUUCAAAAAUGCAGUUAUUUAAAUGGAUGGUUUUAUACAAGAAACCUAAUUUCUCAUCCACAUCGUUGUUAAGACGAAUCUUUGGAUCAUUCUUUUUGGCUGCUAGUACUGUCGGUGUUUUGGCUUUUGCCAUGUUCGCUUUUUUGUAG